CUAAGCAAGAGGGUGCAGCAUAACAUACUGCCAAGACUAAGAUCCUUGAGGGCAUUAUCAUUGUCUCAUUACAAGAUUAAGGAGUUGCCAAAUGACUUAUUUAUCAAAUUAAAGCUCCUCAGAUUUUUGGAUAUUUCUCGGACAGAGAUUAAAAGGUUGCCAGAUUCCAUUUGUGUGUUGUAUAACUUAGAGACACUUCUCCUGUCAUCUUGUGAUUAUCUUGAGGAGCUACCACUGCAGAUGGAGAAGUUAAUCAACUUGUGUCAUCUUGACAUAAGCAACACUUCUCUCUUGAAGAUGCCACUAUAUCUGAGCAAGUUGAAAAGCCUCCAAGUGUUAGUGGGAGCCAAGUUUCUUUUAGGUGGUUUGAGAAUGGAAGAUUUGGGUGAAGCACAGAACUUGUAUGGAUCUCUAUCAGUUGUAGAGUUGCAAAAUGUGGUUGAUAGUCGGGAAGCUGUGAAGGCAAAGAUGAGGGAGAAGAAUCAUGUUGACAAGUUAUCUUUGGAGUGGAGUGAAAGUAGUAGUGCCGACAAUUCAGAAACUGAAAGAGACAUACUUGAUGAACUACGCCCACAUAAAAACAUAAAAGAAGUCGAAAUCACUGGAUAUAGAGGGACAAAAUUUCCAAAUUGGCUAGCUGAUCCUUUGUUUCUUAAGCUGGUGGAAUUAUCUCUUAGCAACUGCAAGGUCUGUUAUUCCUUGCCAGCACUAGGAGAACUCCCUUGUUUGAAAUUCCUUUCGAUUAGAGGGAUGCAUGUAAUAACAGAUGUGAUGGAAGAAUUCUAUGGUAGUUUGUCCUCAAAAAAGCCUUUUAACUCUCUUGUGGAGCUUAGAUUUGAAGAUAUGCCGGAGUGGAAGCAAUGGCACCUACUAGGAAGUGUAGAGUUUCCUAUCCUUGAGAAGCUUUUCAUUAAAAAUUUCCCUGAACUCAGUUUGGAGACACCCAUCCAAUUUUCAAGUUUAAAAAGGUUUCAAGUUGUUGGUUCUUCUAAGGUUGGAAUUGUUUUUAAUGAUGCUCAACUGUUUAGAUCCCAACUUGAGGGAAUGAAGCAGAUUGAAGAAUUAUAUAUUAGUGAUUGUAACUCUAUUACCUCCUUACCUUUUAGCAUACUGCCCACUACCUUGAAGAGAAUAAGGAUAUCUGGUUGCCGGAAUUUGAAAUUGGAUCCGCCAGUUGGUGAGAUGAGUAUGUUUCUCGAGGAAUUGAAUCUGAAGGGAUGUGAUUGUAUAGAUGAGUUGCUCCCAAGAGCGCACAAAUUGAGAAUUUGGAGUUGCCAGAACCUUACUAGGUUUUUGAUUCCAACUGCGACUGAAAUACUCAAUAUUUGGAAUUGUGAGAAUCUUGAAAAACUUUCAGUGGCAUGUGGGGGGACCCAGAUGACGUGUUUGAAUAUUUGGGACUGUAAGAAGCUGAAGUGGCUGCCAGAACGUAUGCGGGAACUCCUUCCAUCUCUUAAGGAACUACAUUUGUGGGAUUGUCCAGAAAUAGAGUCCUUUCCUGAAGGAGGAUUGCCCUUCAAUUUACAAGCCCUUCGGAUCAAAUAUUGCAAGAAACUGGUGAAUGGGCGAAAGGAGUGGCGUUUACAGAGACUCCCCUGUCUCAAAAAGGUAACCAUCUUACAUGAUGGCAGUGACGAAGAGAUUGUUGGUGGUGAGAAUUGGGAGUUGCCUUCCUCUAUUCAAAGACUUUUUAUAGAGAAUCUGAAAACAUUAAGCAGCCAACAUCUCAAAAGCCUCACCUCUCUUCAAUCUCUACGUAUUGGGGGUAAUUUACCUCAAAUUCAGUCAAUGUUGGAACAAGGCCAGUUUUUGCACCUCACUUCGCUUCAACGUCUACAAAUCAUUGAUUUCCCUAAUCUCCAAUCUCUUCCAGUAAAAGGGAUGCCAUCUUCCCUCUCUACACUAGAUAUUCGUGACUGUCCAUUGCUCACACCACUACUAGAAUUUGACAAGGGGGAAUACUGGCCAAAUAUUGCUCAUAUCUCCACCAUAAAGAUCAAUGAGAAAUGCCUUUAAUGAUUAAAACAAAUGGUGCUCUCACAAAUGUAAGUUUUUCUU